UGCGAAGAAGGUCGGGUCUGAUCCGCGACGGAUCAAGCUGCUGUAUCGGGGGAAGAACCUGAAAGAUGACUCAAGGACUUGUAAGAUCGAGGGCUUGCGUGACGGCGCUGAGCUGAUGCUCACGGUGGCUGAAGGCAUGGCUGCGGGAUCAGGGAGUGAUAGCGACAGCGAUGAUGACGUUGACGGAAUCGAUGGGCAAACUACAGGUGAUGGCGAGGGUAAGCGUCGACGAAACCGAGGCAAGAAGUCGAAACGUCGCAAGCAGCGAGAAGAGCGCGAGGGCGUGUCCGGAAGCUCCACUCCUCAAAAUGGCAGCCUGGGCGUUCCGUCGAGCCAGCAACCAUCCCGCACUCAAUCACCGCGUUUGCCCGCUACAGCGCUCGAGAAGCUCAGCGAAUUGCAUGACAAGCUGCAAACAUACAUGCCCGACUGUCGAGCGUUCGAGGCAUCACCUCCAGCGGAGCCGGCGAAGAGGGAAUUUGAACAUAAACGGCUGUCUGAGACAAUAUUGGCACAAGUACUCUUGAAGCUCGAUGCGGUAGAGACGGAGGGAGAUGCCGAAGCAAGAAGCCAGAGACGCAAGAAGUUCUGACCAGGCUGGACGCGGUGAUGAAGAAAUGAUCGG